UUCUCGACUGUGCUCUGCGCAAAAAGGAUAAUUAUUUACCCGCCUACUCGAGCAACACACCAGCUCUACCAUCCCCAACUUGCUGAUAUGUGCAAAGGACUAGCAUCGCUGCCUACCUGCUGCUUGGAAAGGGCCAAGGAGCUGAAAGCAAGGCUGGGAAGCGUUCUGCAAAAAUCCAGUUGGAACCUACACUGCUGCUGCAAGAUAGGGAAAAAUAAGCCAACACUGGAGGAAUGCCUCAGGUGGAAGGAGUCCUUUGAAAAGCUCCUGUCCAGCAAAUAUGGACUGUGCGCCUUCACCGCCUUCCUGGUAUCGGAGUUCAGCGAGGAGAACAUUGCGUUCUACUUUGCCUGCGAGGAAUACAGGAGCACCAAGUCCCCUGCAAAACUCCAAGCCAAAGCCCACAAGAUCUAUGAUGAAUUCAUCGGGAGCGAGGCUCCCAGAGAGAUUAACAUCGACCACGAAACACGUGACAUCACCAAGGCCAACAUGCAGACCCCCUCACCUUGUUCCUUCGAUAUUGCUCAGCACAGGAUCUACAUGCUCAUGGCCAAAGACUGCUACCCUCGCUUCCUACGCUCACCCGCCUACAGAGAUCUCCUGAGCCAGCCCAAUGUGAGCGACAAGGCCACAAAGCAGCCGAGGCAGGAGAAGAAGGUGUGAAGAACUGAUCUCCCCCGUGGGCCGAUGAAGGAUUGCUAGUUGUAACCUUAAAGGGUUGAGAAGGCAGCAGGCGAGAUGUGGCAUAUUGGUUGCGGCAUCAUGAAGCCGGGACGCUGAUGCAGACACACACAGAGAUUGUCGCGAGAGCAGCGGUGGGUUCUGUAGAGAAGUCAACCAGCUCUCUCAGAAGACAAGGAAGGAUGGAGGAGACAGAAGGAGAGAGAGAAGGAAAACACAAGGAAAGUUGGAGGUUCAUGCCUUAAAAAGUGGAUUGGUGUGUGAACCCAGAUGAAGUUCUGGGGAAGCGACGAGAGACAGCGUAACAGACAGUCAAAGAGGAGGGUGUGUGAGGGGUGGGGAAUGCACUUUUCUGUGCCAUUUGGCAAAGCUUUUGUGCUUUAGUGUGCAGUGUCCCUCUGUCAAACGUACACAAUGCUUGUGAACAGGCAUGCAGGGUACUCUAUUCUGAUGAAUUUGUAUUUAUUUGCCUAUAACAUUCUGUAUAUCUGUUGCAUUUUUACAGAAACAAAGUGUGCAAUGUAAUUUAUCAUGUACUAUUUAUACCACUGUUGUCUGUCACUCUUUUUUUUACAUUUCAGCAAAUAAACUAAAUUAUUUGAAAAAUAAA